AUGUUAUCAUUGCUGAGAAUGAAUGCAACAGUAUCAACAAUCAUCGCUCUCGAUAUAAUACCUGAUCCUGAAAACAAUCAGAUAUCUAUUUUUAAACAAGAGCCGAAUCUAAAUGAAUCAUCAACAAUGGAUGAAGCUGAUAUACAAGUGAUCAAUAUCAAUGAAGAUGAAUUAGAAAUUGAAUUAGGUCUUGAUUUCGGUGAUUAUUAUGAUACCGAUUAUGAUGAAUACGAAGAAGAUGAAAAUGAAAUCAUUCAACAGCUUGAAGCUGUUGAUCCAAAUCAAUGCCCUGGUGCUUAG